AUGUCGGACUCGAUCGAAUACUUGAAGAAAAUAUUUGGAAUCACGACGGAAUGUCUGAAUGGCGGUGUGCAAAUAUUGAAAGGACAAUGCAAAUGCCCGACAUUUUACCGGGGCAAUACGUGCGAGGAUAUUGUAUGCGCUAACAACGGUACUCUCGUCAAAAUACCGAACCUGGAACCGGCACAGUAUGUUUGCAAAUGCCCUCAUCCGGAGUAUAUUACUGGCAAACAUUGUGAGUUUGUGAAAUGCAUGAAUGGUGGUCAACUAAUGGAGAGUGGUUACUGCAGGUGCUCGAACUACUUGUAUUCUGGACAAUUUUGUCAAAUUAAUAACCAGGUAUUGAACAUAUUUAACUAG